AGAUGAGUGAGAAGGAGGGGGAAGCUUGUGACCAAUGGGAAGAUCCGAAAGGAGGGCUGGGCGUGGCUAGGAAGAACGGGGAAGAGCGAGUGAGGGGCCCUAUUUCGAGGCGUCAGGUUCCAUGGCAGCCGGUUACCCGUAUGGACAGGGUUUUCCUGGAUCACCAGGACAAGCUCCGGGGGCUCCACAAGGAGGCUAUCAUGGAGCCCAGUAUGGAGGUGGGGGGCAUCCCGGGGGACCUUAUGGCGGCUCGGCCCCCGGGGCUCCCUAUGGUCCACCCUCUGGUGGGGGACCUUAUGGCCAACCUUCCUCUGGCCCUCCUGGCGGCAUGUAUGGAGGAGGCUCGGCCCCAGGAGGACCCUACGGACAGCCCUCUGCAAACCCAUACGGCGCCCCUCAGCCUGGACCCUAUGGGGCAGGAGGCCCUGGAGGGAAUGCCCCCCCUGGCGUGGACCCCGACGCCUUUGCUUGGUUCCAGAGCGUGGACACAGACCACAGCGGUUACAUCUCAGCCAAAGAGCUCCGGCAGGCCCUUGUCAACUCCAACUGGUCUGCUUUCAACGAGGAAACUUGUAUGAUGAUGAUGAACAUGUUUGAUAAAACCAGGUCUGGGCGCAUAGAUCUCUAUGGCUUUUCGGCCCUGUGGCGCUUCAUCCAGCAAUGGCGGAAUCUUUUCCAGCAGUAUGACCGCGACCGGUCCGGAUGCAUUAAUUGCAAUGAGUUGCAUCAAGCCCUGUCCCAAAUGGGAUACAACCUGAGCCCCCAGUUUUCCCAGCUGCUCAUCUCCCGUUAUUCUCCAAAGGCCACCAGCCCCGGCAUCCAGCUGGACCGCUUCAUCCAGAUUUGCACGCUGCUCCAGUCGAUGACCGAAGCUUUCCGGGAGAAGGAUAGCAGCAUGACAGGCAGCGCCCGGCUCAGCUAUGAGGACUUCCUCAUGAUGUCGGCCACUCGCGUACUGUGAGGCCUGUCUUUUUGGGAGAACAAGAACAAGUGAUGGUGGUCCUGAUGGAGACUGUCCAAGAAAAUAGUCAGAAGAAAGAACCAUUUAAGAGAAACCCUAGAGGAUUUUAUGUAUGCUGGAUACCUUGGGAUGGGUUCUUUGUAUGAUUGAUUCCAAAGAAUCCAUUAGCUGUUCAGGGGCAGGCAACAAAUACUAAUCCAACAGAUGAAUGUCAUGGCCUUGGACAAUGGCCACCACAACUCUCCAUUCAGGAGUUUCCUUCAUUGCCUCUCAAUAAGAAGUAUCUCCAUCCUACAUUUUAGGAUUAUCCUUUAGCUUUGAGAAUGGUUGCCAUGUAAAUGGAAGAAGUUUUCCAGCUUCGGUUUGCCAUCAAUCAUGAGUCUGGACAUCCAUUCCAUGUUAAGCUCCCUCCUCUUUGCCAUUCAAUGAGAAGAACACGAGCCAAGUUAUUUUGCCAAUGGCUACUAUAGCUGCUUUUUAUUUCCAGUUGUCAACAUUUUGCUUGUGAGAUUUGUAAGAGCCAAAGUCUUGGGUGUGGAUGUUCCAGUAACAAUACACAUACACACACACACAUACCUAGGUAAAAUGCUUCAAUAAAGAACCCAAAUAACGGAGAAUUGUUUAUUUCCUCUUUGUUAUGUAUGUGAUAACACACCUACUGGGUUAUAAAUGUCAUUUCCUAAUUGGUUCUAUCAUUUAAAAAGUUUAUUAAACAUCCUGCAGCACAGGACCUCACCGUC